GCUGGACCAGAAAACAGGUGAAAAUAAUUGCACAGAUGCACAAUGAAGGAGGAACUGGACCACAUCUAAAAACUAGAUGAUGACAGAGCUCGGCCGAACCAGGCGUCACAGUGCGGUUUACCAGAAACUGUGUGAGGCGUAGGGGUGCGGGACGUCCGAAGACAUGGUGUCUGUCCCAGAGCACCUGCCCCUCGGUGACUGUCCGCACUCAUAUUCCGGCGAGCAGCUCACACCUCGCUCCGAGAACACGGUCUUCAGCCUGGCCCACAACGACACCUUCUGGACCCUGCAGCCCGCUCCAGGGAAGUGCGAGUACUACUGGCAGGCCAUCCUCCUCAUGACCUCUGGGGGUAGCGUGCUGCUCUGCGGGAUGGUGCUGAGUGGACUUUACUUCACUGGCUUCUCCAUGAUGGCCACCAAUAUCCUGGGCCCCGCUCUGCUGUCUGUGGGGCUGAUGGUGCUGGUGGUGGGGGUGGUUUUGAUGCCCAUCACACGACAAAUGAAGCAUCAGAGCACAACGAAACGCCUCUGCAGUUACUACAAGCCACACAUAAACCUAUGAGGGCAAUGUAAAGGAAUAGUUCACCCAAAAAUAAAACUUCUGUCAUUAUUUAUUCACUCUCCACUUGUCCCAAACCUCCUUCAUAUGGGAGGUGAAUAAAUGAUGACAGAAGUUUCAUUUUUUGGGCGAACUCCUUUAAAGGCAAGACACUACAGGCAAAACACUGUUUUUUUGUUUUGUUUUGUUUGUUUUUUCAUGCAGUGGUCAAUUUUGUGAUUUUGAGCUAUUUUGCAUCCAUAACGUGUCGUUUUUUUCAGACCAUGCUUAUUAUUGUCAACUAAAACAUUUUUGUACUUAAAGCUGAAAUAAAACAGAUAUUAGAUGAAAACAUGAUCUAAA